CGUGCUCGCAGACCAUGGAAGUGUCCAGUGGGCUUACUAUUAGAAAAGAAUCCUAUACAGAACUCAAAUAGGUGGCCCAUCUCUGCACCUCCCUGAGAAGUCUGGCUUUUUCAGGUGACUUCUGAAGUAUGGCUGGCCACAACACUUCUUCCUGCAGUCCUAUACUGACACCCCAUUUAACCACGCUCUACUUCAUAGUACUCAUUGGUGGGCUGGUGGGCAUCAUCUCCAUUUUGUUCCUGCUGGUGAAAAUGAACACCCGAUCUGUAACUACCACAGUGGUUGUUAACCUGGUAGUGGUCCACAGUGUUUUUCUGCUGACAGUGCCUUUUCGCUUGACGUAUCUCAUCAAGCACACCUGGAUGUUUGGGUUGCCCUUCUGCAAAUUUGUGAGUGCCAUGCUACACAUCCACAUGUACCUUACAUUCCUGUUCUACAUGGUGAUCCUGGUCAUUAGGUACCUCAUCUUCUUCAAGUACAAAGACAAAGUGGAAUUCUAUAGAAAACUGCAUGCUGUGGCUGCCAGUACUGGCAUGUGGCUGCUGGUGAUUGUCAUUGUGGUACCUGUGGUUGUUUCUCAGUAUGGAACUUACGAGGUGUAUGAUGAGCAACAUUGUUUUAAAUUCCACAAAGAACUUGAUCGAGCAUAUGUGCAAGUCAUCAACUAUAUGAUAGUCACUACUGUCAUAGCCAUUGCGGUGAUUCUCUUGGUCUUCCAGAUCUUCAUCAUUAUGUCAAUGAUGCGGAAGCUACGCCACUCCUUUCUAUCCCACCAGGAGUUCUGGGCCCAGUUGAAAAACCUAUUUUUUAUAGGAGUCAUCCUUGUUUGCUUCCUUCCCUAUCAGUUUUUUAGGAUCUAUUACUUGUACACGGUGGCAAACUCAAGUGACUGUAACAAUACUGUUGCAUUUUAUAAUGAAAUCUUCUUGAGUGUAACAGCAAUUAGUUGCUUUGAUUUGUUGCUCUUUGUUCUUGGAGGAAGCCAUUGUAAGCAGAAGAUAAGUGACCUAUGGAAUUGUCUCUUGUGCCGUUAG